GUCUCAGUUCCUCCUGGGGCUUCCUGCAGGCACGUCUCACUUCCUGCCCUGGCAGCCCUAGCUCCCGGCUCAGGCUGGGGGUGGGGAGGCCCAGCUGGUGAGGCCAGGGAGGAAGGACCUGACCCCUAACCUCCCUCUGUCUCGGCAAGGAUGGCCCCCUUGCCUUUAGACGCUGCUGCAUCUCUUUGGGCCUAUCUCCCAUAUUCAAAACGGAGCCUGAGGACCAACCAGUUGUCCAAGAUUAAAGAGGUCAUGUGGAAAGUAUGGUCUCCACCUCAGAAGUGCCUCUACUUCCUUCCUUCCCUGGAAUAAAGACACCUUUCUGCCCAGGGCCCCCAACCCUUAGAAAUUCCCUCUGGGAAGUGAGUUUCCCAGUGAGUUUCAGAGCCUGAGGCUCUGGUCUCAGGAGUUACCACUCCCAUCGCUCAUCUAUUUACUGCACCGUUGAUCACACCAGAUGCCAGCACGCCUGCUUUGUGCCAGGACCAUUCUGGUCAGUGCCAGGAGGUCAGCCUCAGACCCUGCCAUUAGGUCCUAUUCCAGUGGGAGAGACAGAGCGGGACACAAUGACAGGACAGGGUCCUGAUCCCUGCCAGAGCCAGGGAAUGCCCCAAGCGCGGGAGUGACUAAUUUUUUAUAUAUAUAUAUAAAUUUAUUUAUUUAUUUAUUUAUUUAUCUUUGGCUGAGUUGGGUCUUCGUUGCUGCACGCAGGCUUUCUCUAGUUGUGGCGAGCAGGGCUACUCUUCCUUGCAGUGCGCAGGCUUCUCAUUGCGAUGGCUUCUCUUGUUGUGGAGCACGGGCUCUAGGCGCGCGGGCUUCAGUAGUUGUGGCACAUGGGCUCAGUAGUUGUGGCUCACGGGCUCUAGAGCGCAGGCUCAGUAGUUGUGGUGCAGGGGCUUAAUUGUUUUGCGUCAUGUGGGAUGUUCCUGGACCAGGGCUCAAACCCGUGUCCUCUGCAGGGAGAUUCUUAACCACUGCGCCACUGGGGAAGUCCCGGGGAGGGUGUGUGUGUGACUAAUUUAGCAUUUAGAGUGCUUUGGAGAGUAGGAGGUAUGCCCUGAGUUCUGUGGAGUUUUCCUGCUGGAACAGAGCAGAGAAAGGGCAUUCUUGGCCCAAGGAACUGUGUGCAAAGGUGCAGAGAAGAGGGGGCAGGAGGAGAGGCUGGAGACUUGGGCAGUGUGGCCCCUGAGUGCCAGGUGAGGCUGUCAGAACCUUCCCUGUGGCCAUUCUGCCCCCAUGGCACACAGGGGCACCCACUUCAGGGAACCCAGUGCUCCUCCAACCCCAUCAUUUGGUCUCACCCUUUCUGUCACCUCCGAGAAGCCACCAGACCCCUCUGGCCCUUCUCUGGGCACAAGGUGGGAGCUCAUUCCCAUUUGCUCUAUUGUUGGUGGCUCAGGCCAAAUUCUCCCUCACCCAGAACGGAAAUUUGACCUCUCUCCAAUCUGAGCCAGCUCCCCAGCUGCCUGAUCCUGACCUGGGGGUGGGGAAGGGGGGGUUGGGGGGUAGGAACCACUGCCCAAGGUCACAUGGAGAGUCGAGGAGAGGAGAAGCCAGGAGGACACCCAUGCCAGUGUUCCAGCCCAUGCUCUUUCCAGGGACUCUGCAGGGGUCCCGGGGCCCAGCGGGCCUCUGAGCAUCUCCUCACUCCCCUGAGCUGCAGAGACUCUGAGGACCAGCCCCGGGCGUCCUGCAUGGAUCUAGGACGGUGCCAGCGACUCCAGGGCAGGUGAAAGUCUAUCUCGGCAGCUCCUGCGGUCAGCGAGACCGGUGGCACUUCAGAAGGCGGGGCUGUGGGACGGAGUGGGUGGGGCCAGGGCUAGAGGCGCGGCGAGGGCGGGGUCAAGAGAGGUGGGGCUGAGGAACCCCGAGCCUCCAGGUAACAGGAAAGGGGCGGGGUCAGGAGCAUGUAGAAGGGGUGGGUUCAAGGCCCACCCGCAGGGAAAAAGGGAGGCCACGGAUGAGCGGAGGCUACCAACUGUAGCCUCUCUAAACUCUGGACCACCGCGCUCACGCGGGGUCCCCAUCCUCAAGCGAGGCCCGAGGACCGCGGCCCGAGCCAGGAGGGGUCCAAAUGCAGGGCAUGGCCCCGACUCUGGGGAGAGGUGGCCUCCCCCACUCCGUCCCCCGCCCUCCGGCUCCGGGCUCGGAGCUGACCUCGGAGGUGUGUCCCAGGAAUGGGCAGGCUAGUGGGUCAGGGAGCACCUGUCCCGGGUGGAGGCGCUGUACGGCCUCUGCCGAGCACCGUCCUCUCUGGGUCUGUUCCCGUGCUAUGGUCUUGGUGGGCAGCUCCGGAUUUGCACCUUCACUGGGUGAUGCGGAAUUAAGAAGGGAAGCUGAGCUCCAGUUCCCAGCACCACCACCCCGAACCCCCGCUCCCUCGCAACCUCAGGAGCCCGGGGGUACCCUCCCUCCCACAGGCAGCUGGAGCCUGAGUCACGAGCCGCCUCUCAUGGAGACAACGGAGCCUCAGGCCCUCCCCUCCAGACCCCGCUCCCGGUACUGGCUUCGCAUCUGCACUAGCAGGGAGUACGUAGUCCCCUAGAAUCUCUGCUUCUUGCGUAACCCUCCACCGUGGACAAAACAAAAGCAGGGUGGGCUUGGGAAUGAGGCCUUUGAGGCUUGUGGACGACACCCACAGUGGCCAUCACAAUCUUCUCAGCACCGCUGUGGCGGGGGCUCCCAUAAGGCUGCAUGUUCCUGGAUGUUUUUCAUCCAGGGACCCAUUGGCUUCUUCCUGCAGCCCUGCCAAAGAGGAGCUAGCAGCCCAUCUUGCAGAUGAGAAAACUGAGGCCUAGAAAGGUCGACUGGUCUUACUAGAGCAGGAAUUCUAACCCACAAUAGUCUGGUUCCAAAAUGAAGAAUAAACAGGAGCUCUCAGUGUGAGGGGCUGGAAAGGCCUUCCAGGAAGAAACAACCUGUUGGAAGGCCUGGGGGCUUAUGGAGGAGCUGUCGUGUCAGGCGUUAGUCAGGCACUGGGUGUGCUGCUACUGGGGGUAGGAACACCUGCCUGGCCUCUGGGCUGGGGUCCUCCAGCUGCUCUCUCUGUUUGUACUAAACUGGCCAGAAGGUAGGUUUGGGGCUCACAGGGCAGGUUCCAGGCCAUACCCCAGCCCUUCCAGGCUGUGUGCCGGUCACAGCAAGUCAUUUCUUCUCCCUGGGUCUUGGGUUUCUCUCUAGGAGGGCUGGGCAGACUGGUGACCUACCACCUAAAAUCAGGACACUGAGGCCCAGGACAGGUUUACCUUAAUGUCCACAACCUCUCCUCUCAGGACCCUGAGCCAGAGCUGGACACCAGGCGAGAACUCAACAGUGAGGGAAGAACACAUAGGCAGAGGCAUAUCCACACUGACACACACAUGUGCGGGGAAGGCUCUCAUAGCUGUGCCAGCACCAGACAUGCACACUCUCACUCACAUUCGUGAGCACACUCAGACACCUGCACACUCCAGCUUUCGGAGCUGGGGGUGGGGAGGGUUCCCUUCAUGAACAGAGACACGGCUCCUCUGCCCGCCACAUGGGGCUCACUGCAGAUGCCAGGGGUUAUUUUAAGCCUGGAUCAAUGGAUGAUUUUUGGUGACACAGGCUUGGGGACGGCGGGCAGUGGAGAUGAGGGGCUGGUGCUCUGGUGCCUUGCUUUGGAGAGAGACCCCAGGGUCCAGGGAGGGCAGCCUGGGCAAAGGGAUCCCCCCUUAGCUGGACUGCUCCCUCUCUAGAUCCCCUUGCCCAGCACAUGGCUGGGCACCUGGGGGACAGUGUCAGCUGAAUGAAUGGCCAGACCCCAGGGCUCAGCCAGUUAGCUGUGGUCUGUCUUUGCAUUUGCCCUCUCCUGCUUCCCCCACUGCAAGGCUAUGUGUUCACAUGGAGAGGGCAUGGAGCGCCUGGCACAGACCUGGUAGACGUGGGCAUCUGUUGUUCCUGGCUGACCACUGAACAAGACUGAGAUGGGGACGAUGGAUGUGGGGAGGAGUUGGAGGUUGGACAUCAAUCCCUUGGGGGCACAGUGGAGGGGGCAGCUGAAAGCCAGCUCCUUCAUUGGAUAAAUGGAUAUAUAUAUAUAUAUCUCCUGACUGCAGUCAACUUGGGGUGGAAGCUGAGCAGAGCACCCAAUGAUGCCAGGACAGUGGGGGCAAGAGAGGGGCCCAGGGAGGAAAGCAUUGGAAGACUUGUUCUGGGCCCAGUAGGGUGAUCCUACCUGGGAAGAAGCCACAGUCCCAGGGGGCAGCGACAAGCCUCUCUAAACCUAGUGCCCAGCAAUAGGGUGGGAAAGUGGGGAGAAGCAGUCACCUUCCAAGACCCAGUAACACAGAGGACUGCUUGGCAGCGUGUGACGGGGGCACUGAUACAGACUGGACAGUUUGUGCCGUGGUUCCCAUGUCUAGGAACACCAGCUAAGGGAGCAGAAAAGGAUGCACCAGAAAAUACAGUUAUAAUAUAUAAAUAAACAGAAUAAUAAUCUGAAAGUUUGACAGCAAAAAGCAAACUAAAAACCAGUUACAAAACAGUAUGUAAAGCCUCAGUUGUCCCCGGUGAUGGGAUUAAGGCAAUUUCAUUUUAUCCCUUUGCUCAUCUAGUUUCUUUUUUCUCUAAAAUGGUAAUAAAGUCUUUUAAUGGGGUAGGGUCCUCCGGGCUGGGCGUGUUUGUGGGGGGAGGGGGGAGGAGCAGGCUGUCUCUGGCCAGGGCACAAGGAAUCACCCUGAUGGGGGAGGGCAUUAUAGGGAGGUCACCUGCCUUCCCGUUUUAGCCCUGAAAUUAGCCUGUCAGCCCCUCAUCUCAUCAGCAGAAAACCUGAUCCUCCUUUAAAUGUAAAUCCUUCUCCCUCUUCCUCCCUCCACCUCCUCCAUUUUUAUAAGCUGAUCCCAGUUGCUGAGUGAAGAGAGGAUGCAAGGGGGAGCAGGAAGGGCCCUAGGAGCCCAAAUUCUUUAUCUGAAACUAGAGACUAGAGUCAUUUCAUUCAUUCAGCAAAUACGGCAGAGGCCUGCCCUGUGUGGGAACAUCGGGGAAGUGGUCCAUGCAGCCCUUGCCCUCCUGACGCUCCCAUCUAGACAGUGGGAGGCCCCGUAUUGAUCCCUGACCCCAGAACGGGCAGUUUUUGAUGUUAAAAUGAGAAACAGGCAGAGAAAAGCAAAGCACCUGGGAUCGGGUCAUAUUCUCCAAUUAAAACUAACUUCAAAAACACAGCCGAGGGCUUCCCUGGUGGCGCAGUGGUUGAGAGUCCGCCUGCCGAUGCAGGGGACACGGGUUCGUGCCCCGGUCCGGGAAGAUCCCACAUGCCGCGGAGCGGCUGGGCCCGUGAGCCAUGGCCGCUGGGCCUGUGCGUCCGGAGCCUGUGCUCCGCAACGGGAGAGGCCACAACGGUGAGAGGCCCGCGUACCGCAAAAUAAAAAAAAAAUAAAAAUAAAAAAAACACAGCCGAGUAGUGCUCCGAGUAGGUUCCAUACCUGCCCUUCACCCUCUUCCCCCGGGCUUGAGAAAGGACCUGAGCAUCCUGUGGGGACCCGGGCAAAGGAUCUGCCCAUGGCUCUGCCCCCAGGCGACGCCCUGCUGUCCUCAUACAAGGCAGGGGCUAAACCAAUCUCCUCCCUUUCACACCUGGGGUGGCGGAGAGAUCCCAGGAGGGCGCCGACCAGGCCAGGUCCAUCGCCCAUAGGCGUGGGGUCACCCCAGGACCCCAGCCCGGUGACUGAGAAGUUCUUGGACCAGGGUGUGCGCCCCGGGGUUAAAGCUCCUCCCUAGGUGGCGCGGAGGGGACCCAUACUUGGCCCUCUGCUGCGGCUCUGCUGGGCGUUUCCUUCCCACUUAACAUUCCCUGCCUCAAGUCACACCUGUCUCGAUCGGAACCGAUGGAGGAGACGGGAAGGAAGGCGGGUGGGCAGCAGCGACUCUCUGGGGCUGCUGGGUCCCUUCAGUCCCCGCACCUGUGAACCGAAGCGCUCCCGCGGCGGGCGUAAUGUCCGAAGUAACAGUUCCGAGAGCCUUGAGCUGAACCUUCUGGAGCGCCAGUUCCGGGGAAUGUUUGGGGGAGGCCUUCGGGGAGGGUCCCUGGUGGGGCACCCAGGCUGUGCGGGCCCUGCCGCGCCCCCUCCCUCCCGUCGCCUCGACCGCGCUCCUCCCUCGGCUCUGCUUCCCUCCCGCCUGCCCCCCUUCCCCCCGCUGUCUCCCUCCCCCGCCCGCCCGAGGCCGCGCGGAGCCGGAGCCGCCGCCAGAGCGCGGGCAGUGCGGAGCGGGCGGCGGGAAGGCAGCCGUGUCCGGCGGCCCGCCGCCCCCGCUAGGCCCCAGACCCGCACACCCGCCGGGCCGGGGAGAGGCCGGGACCGAGCGCAGGCGAGGACCCGCCGCCCUGCCCGGGAGGAGUCCCAGGGCGCGGACUGGCUGCCUCGGGUCCGAGGUGAGGCUCGGCGCAGGACGCGCCCGCCGGAGGCGCGGCCCCGCGAGCCCACCCGGGUCUGGGGUCCUCUCAGGAGGCUGACGACCGAGGAGGUAUCCGCCGGGAGCCAGCGCUAGGACGGCAGGGCGGGCUUGAUCCCUGCGGGCGCGGGCGAGCGGGCCCGGAGCGCGGCGGGAGGGAGCCGCGGCGCGCCGCCAUGCGCCGGGUGCUGUAGCCGAAGGCGCGGGCCCGAUGGAGCGGGCCUGGGCGCAGGGGCUGCGCGGAGGCCGCGGCCCGCCGGCGCUCGGGCUCGCGCUCGGGCUGGCUCUGCUGCUGGCGCGGCCGCCGUCGGGCAGCGCGGGGUCCCCCGAGGCGCAGGAGCCGGCGGCGCCCGGCACGGCGGCCCCGGCCGGGGGCGACCGCUGCCGCGGCUACUACGACGUGAUGGGGCAGUGGGACCCGCCCUUCAACUGCAGCUCGGGCGCCUACAACUUCUGCUGCGGCACGUGCGGCUACCGCUUCUGCUGCCACGACGGACCGCGGCGCCUUGACCAGAGCCGCUGCUCCAACUACGACACGCCGGCCUGGGUUCAGACUGGCCGGCCUCCCGCGCGUGCCCGCGACGCCACGGUGCCCCGGGACCCGGGCCGCGAACGCAGCCACACGGUCGUCUACGCGGUGUGCGGCGUCGCCGCCCUGUUCGUGCUGGCCGGCAUCGGGGCGCGCCUGGGCCUGGAGAGGGCGCACAUACCGCGCGCGCGGCGCACCGUGACCAGGACACUGACAGAACUUCUGAAGCAGCCUGGCCCCCAGGAGCCACUGCCUCCACCUCUGGACCCACCUCUGGGUAGCUGUGUCCAGGUGCAGAUGGGCGAUGGCCUCCCCCGGGGCUCCCUCCACAGGAGCACAGACAAGAAACGCCCCAUCAACGUGCCCCUGGCUUCGGCGACAGCGGGCCCCCCGCGCGCCCCGCGGCUGCAGGGCGGCGGCAGCCUGACGAGGCAGCCGGACUACGCCAAGUACGCCACCCUAAAGGCAGCCGCGCUCAAGGCCGCAGAGGCCUCCCCGCGGGACUUCUACCAGCGUUUUCCCGCGACUGAAGCUGCCCCGCCGACCCUCCCGGCGCGAGCCCGGAGGCCCCCCGAGGACUUGCCUGCACUGCUCGACGCCUGCCCCUGGGCCCCGCCGGGCUACGUGCCCCCCGCCGGCCCCACCCCAUCGGGCCACUACAAGGCCUGGACGGACGGCCGCCCGGCCCAGCCCGCCCCCCGCGGCCACCUGGCGGCUCAUGCCUCCUCAGCGCCCCGGAGGCCCGGCGACGCACCCCGGCGCCAGUUCAGCGUGGAGAAGCUGCCCGAGGCCUUCAGCCCGCAGCCCCCUGGCCUGUAUGGCCGCGCCAGCCGCGGACCCAGGCACCUGAGCACCAACAGCAAAGCCGAGGUCACCGUGUGAAGAAGGGGCCGCUCGUUCUGAGGCACUGCACUGCCGGGAGCCCUCUUCUGCCUGGGGGACUCGCCAUGGGCUUGAUCGGGGGGCCCAGGCUACCGGAAUGAGGGGUGCUGGCCAUGAAGGCCAGCCCUUCUGCCUGCACACUGGACUAGGAGCCUCGGAGCCUGCAGGGCUCCUGGGCCCACUUGGGUAAAGCCAGUGGUUCUGUCCUGGGGGCCUUAGGGCCCGGGUUCCUUGUGUAAAUAAACCCUUUUCUGUGACUCCCAACCCUGAGAAUAAAGGAGCCCCAGCUUGGCUCUGCGAGGCACUGAUGGCGGAGGCACUGGUCAUUGACGGGACAGACGGCAGUGCCAGCAGAGGGCACAGCAUGUGCAAGAGCAGAGGACUGCUCCUGAAAGCUGGUGGGCAAGGGUUCUGGGAGCCAGGGAGAAGUAGCUGGAGAGGGUGGUCAGGGCUGAAUGCCAGGCUUAAUGUCCACACCAGUAGGAGCCACGGGAGAGGGCGCAGUUAGGCCCCAGCCAUCCUGAGGCUGGGCACAGGGGAGAGGGCUGGUGGGCUCCCGAGGGUCCAUGCCCCUUAAUGGAGGUGAGCCCCUUCCAGCCGGUCACCUGCUCUACAGCUUGAGCUGGCUGAGCCUGGCUGAUCCUCAUUGACAUUUUCUGGCCCUGGGCCGGCCCCUGGGCUGUUGGCCACUUGGCCAGUCUGGCCCAGGGCCACCCCCCUGAUGACUGUGGGCUGUGGGCCGAGUAGACAGCUGGUACUCAGGAUGGGGGAGCCUCUUCCCGGUGGCUGCUCUGGGGGAAAACAGGGAUGGGGAUGCUGGACCCAGAGCCUUGGCGGUGCCCCCACCAGGGUGCUUACCCCACUCAUGCUUGGCACUGCCAGCUCUCCCCCUUCCUGCCAGGCAGGCUCCCAGCACCUGGCCAUGGCCCAGGGCAUUGCCAACAGCCUGCGUACAUCAGGUUCGUCUGUGCCAGGCACUGAUGGGGAGCUUGAGGGCUGGGUUAUGUGUGUGACCCCAUUGUGUGACCUCAACAAAGUUUCCCUCGUGUGUAUCCUAGGCACACGGUACACUGUUUUAAUAACAGUGACCACCAUUUGCUGCUAUUUCUUCCAUUUAAUCCUCACAAAAGCCCAAUGGGUGUGUGGCUUUUCAGAAGAGGAAACUGAGGUCCUGAGACCUAAGUAACUUGCCAAGGUCACCCAACUGACUCCAGUUUAGGACUCUUCCGUAUUCUGCAACCACUGUGAAUCUGGUGGUGGGAUGGCAGCAGCAGUCGGUGUGGGGGAAGAGGGAAGGUUGUGUGUUGGCAGAGGGGCCCUUGCUCCCAGGGUACAGGGAGUCUCAGGCCUUCCUCCUGCUGGCUGGGCUGCCCUGAGGCCCCCAAACCCACCAGCUCUUCACCCAUAGGAAGGUCCACCUUGCUGUUUCUUCCAUCGGUUGAGGAAAUCAAGGCCCAGAAGCCCGCGGGCAGAACAGAGCCCAAAGCCCAUGUUCAUGCCUGCAGUGAGGACGCCCAUGGCUUACAGGGAAGGCAGCCCUCACACCCUCAACCCAGGAUGGGGUUGUCCCUGGGACUCUCCUGCAGCCGUACAGAUACGGCUGGGGGAGGGGGGUGGGUGCUGAGCCAUGGAUGCUGCAGACUCACAAAAGGACUGGGUUCCUGGGCACGUAUCAGCCACCCAUGGCCACCCACCCUGGUGACAUAGGCCCUGGCUAGGCUAUGCUGGGAGGUGGGCGUGACCUCUUGGUUCACUCUCAGUCCCAAGGGCCCUGGAUCUACAUCCCAGGGGGCCAGGCCUCCACUGAAAACGCUGCUGUAAUAACUGUGGACAAGGACCAGCUACAGCUGCCAGCCCUGCCCCGGGCUGCUCUGGCCCGUGGGACGGUGUGGUCUGCUGUUGACUGCCCUUCAGAGAACGGAGUGGCUUCGGGAGCUGAAGGGACUUGGCCCAUUUCUCAGCCGGGCCAGGUCAUGGACCAUGCACUUCAGCCCCCAGGCGUAUCCUGAUGUGGCACUGCUGACCCCGCCUCCCCACAGGGCCCAGCACUCCCCCAUCCCAGCCCUCCUUGGGGUCCGGCCCCUCACCAGCCUCACUAGGCCCUCACCAUAAACUGGCACUUCACGUGUGCUGUGUCGCUCAAACUGGCCAACAGCCUAUGGGGACUUCGUCAAAUGCAGGGACUGUCAGCCCCAUUCUGCACACAUGGAAGUGGAAGCUGAGGUGAUGCGUGCCCCCUCCCCCCUCCCCGCCCCACGCAAGGGGACCCAGCUGGCAAGUACAGGAGCUGGACUUGGAUGUGACUUGCAGGCCACAUCCUCAGAAGCUCACUGCCUCCCGGGAGACGGGGAAACCAAGGUGUAGCCCACCCAAUAGGGGAGAGGUUCCUCUCUGAGGGGUGAACACAGAAGGGCUUAGCAUCCCAAAUCCCAAAAAACCCUGCUGUCCCCUAAACAGCCAGCUCUGUGUCCUGCAUACAGUGACCUCUGACCCCAGCAACACCAAUACCCCUUUUAUCCCAGGUCUGUCCCAGCCCUGGAGUGUGAGCCAGGCAGCCAGCAUUGGGAGGAAGGGGCCAGGUGCAUGGGCAGGCAAGGAAGGUCCAUCAGAUUGAAGCCCCUGGGGCCUCUCAGCAGAGAGGGAAUGGCUAUCCUCAGUUCUGACCCACUGGAGGCCGAGCCAUGCAGUCACCACAGUGGUCGUGCCACAGACCCUCACACGCCUCACGCUGGGUGGUACCAAUCUGUGUUUAUUCAAUAACCUACAUCCAGGACACAGUGAAUGAUUCCACAUCAAGGAAGCCAUAGGUGUAUCCCCCUGUUCAGUGAAAAAACAACCCCCCCCCCACCCC